CUCUAUUUUUUGGAAUCUGAUUCAUAUGUUUGGGGUUUAAUAGUCUCAGCUCAAAUAAAUCUAGGUUAAACUGUGUGGAUCGAUUCAUAUAUUCUCCGUCAAAACCAAAACCAAACCGAUUUGUCAUAAUUUUUUCUUAUCAUCCACUUUCAUUGGCUAGAGGGACAUUGUAACGGUGUCGUCGUCGCCAAACGAUUUGCCUCUUCCUAAAGGAGAUUCUUUCCUACAUAGGAAUUGAGUUUAAGGUGGAAUUCUUCUGUUAUUUUGUUGUUGCACGAAAAUGGAGGACAUUGAGAACAUAGAAGAAGAUGAGUAUGGGUUUUCAAGAAACUACUUCUUGGCAAAAGAAUUGGGUGGGGCGAGUAAGCGUUCUGCCCACAAGCUCUCUGAUAUACAUAUUGUUGAUGAGCAGGAGCUUAGAGAAACGGCUUCUACAAUUGAAAUGAAGCACUCGAAAGAGAUAUCUGAGCUUAUGAGUGAUUACAAGACUAUGUACUCAAAGUGGGUCUUUGAGCUCAGGUGUGGCUUUGGCCUUCUAAUGUAUGGCUUUGGAUCUAAGAAAGCUUUAGUUGAAGAUUUUGCUUCUGCUUCUUUGACUGACUAUUCUGUUGUGGUCAUCAAUGGCUACCUCCCUUCCGUAAAUCUAAAGCAGGUUCUUUUGGCAUUAGCUGAACUUCUAUCCGAGCUUUUGAAAUGUAAAAGAAAGAGUUCCGGGAGUUUGUCUAAAGGUCAAGAAACAUUUCCUUCACGCUCCAUGGAUGAUAUUCUUUCCUUUCUACAUGGUCCACAGUCUGGAGAUAAAGACUGCUUCAUAUGCGUUGUUGUUCAUAACAUUGACGGCCCUGCUCUAAGAGAUCCCGAAUCACAACAAACUCUUGCCCGGCUUUCUUCUUGUUCACACAUACGCUUGGUUGCCUCUAUUGACCAUGUCAACGCUCCAUUAUUGUGGGACAAGAAAAUGGUGCACAAACAGUUUAACUGGCUAUGGCACCAUGUUCCAACAUUUGCACCAUACAAUGUCGAAGGUGUAUUCUUCCCGUUGGUUCUUGCACAGGGAAGCACAGCCCAAACCGCCAAAACAGCAGCCAUUGUUUUACAGAGUUUAACACCAAACGGUCAGAAUGUCUUCAAGAUUCUUGCUGAGUACCAACUUUCACACCCAGAUGAAGAUGGGAUGCCCACUGAUGAUCUGUAUUCAGCGUCUCGGGAACGCUUCUUUGUGAGCAGUCAAGUGACUUUAAACUCUCAUCUCACGGAAUUUAAAGACCACGAACUGGUUAAGACCAAGAGAAACUCCGAUGGUCAAGAGUGUUUGAAUAUACCGCUCACUUCGGAUGCAAUUCGACAGCUUUUGCUUGAUCUCAAUCAGUAGCCUGAAAUUGUAUUUCUGAUAUGAUUCAUUUUUAUUGCUUGAACGAGUUAUUAUAGUUCACACAGUUUACAUGUUUAAUUGAAUGUUAUAGUCAGCACUCACAGCUCUUAUUAUAUAAUCAUGGUGUGGUAGUACUAUCAGAGAUC